GUCUCAUUUCAGUUGAAGAUGAAAUCCGUGAUGAAAUUCGAAAAGAUGAAAUUCGACCCAGAAAUGAGAAAUUUAUUAUGUUCACCUUAUAAGUUUUAAAAAUUUAUGAAAGGGAAAAAGAUUAAUUUCAAGAAAGAUUUAAUUCUCUGGAUCUGCCUUUCCGAAACCGAAGUACUUCACUCCAAGCUCAUGCAGCAAAUGUUAGAUCGCAUUUUCAUUGGACCAUGCUGUACUUUCAACAUUUCCCCUGCCGCCACGUAAAGCGUACGGGGUGGGUUAAGAGAGAACGCCGCCAGCUGACUGGGCAGAGUAUGGAGCCGGAGGGAGAUGGACGUGCACUCGGGACGAAAUUUCAGUACGUCUUCUCCUCCGCGGUUCUAUCUCGAGACCUGGAGAGUUUGCAACAUCUGCAUGGCUUUCUUUUUCGCGCUUGCCGCCUACGUUCAGAUUAAUGAUCCAGAUGCAGGAAUAUGGACUGUAGUCUACUUAAUUCCUGCUGUAUUAUCCUUCCUCGUUGGCCUGAAUCCACUAGUCACAGAUAACUUCAUCUGGAAACACCUCUCAUUGAUGCACAUGUCCAUGUGCUUCAUGGUGGCCACGCUCUGGGGUUGGUAUCUUCAUCGACAUGCAAAGAACACUAUCUUCCACGAGGAGGAGGGCCGGGAAUUUUUGGGAUUAGUAAUAAUCAUUAUUUGGAUGCUGCUCUGCCAGAAUUCAGGGAAACCCUGCUGGACAUUGAGAACUUGGGAGUGCUGCAUGUCUAUGGGCUGCUCGUUGCCAAAGGAGCUGGAUGAGAAGUGGAACAUGCUGCUGCCUACAACAGAGAGGCGUGAAGUCAGUGUGCAAAAGCACUGUGCAGUCUAACAGCAGGUGGUCGUCCUGGUCCCUUUUCUUGUGGUCGCAAGACCCUGUUGGACACCAUUGAUGUGGACUGCUGCAAGUUCAAUUGGCUGAUGGCGAGGGAGCUGAGUGGCUUCGGUCACGCUGGGGUCUGGCUGUCACGCUGAGCUGUGGUGUCGCCUGUUUGCAGUUGGGAGUUGGUGUGCUCCGCCCGAGCAGUGGGGGCAGCAUGGCAUGGUGUCCAGGCUGCUGUUGGUGCUCUCUUGUGUUCGCUUGGCAAAAGGCAAGCCGUAUUUAGUUUGACUACAAACUGCUACAUCAUUCCUGGACUAAGGGUCUUGCAGUACAUUUUUUUGAUGACUGUACUUUACUGAUAUACAGUGUAUGUUAUCUUAUAUGUGUCAUAGGUACCUUGCAUUGUGUAUUACUGUUGGUACUGCGUUUUGCACCUUGAUCCUGGAGUAAUUCUGUUUCGUUUGGCUGUGCUCAUGGGCAUUCAUGUAUGGUUAAUGGCAGUUAAACUUGAAUUGAAUUCUGGUUACCCUCUCACCCUUCUCUUCUCACCCGCCCAUCACCACCUCCUGGUUCCCUUCCUCCUUCCCUGUCUUCCAUGGUCAUUGUCCUCUUCUUUUAGCUUCCUUCUUCAGGCUUUUACCUUUUCCACAUUCAGUAUCACCACCCCUGGUUCUUACCUCACUCCCCUCUCUCACCUGGUCCUGCCCAUUAUGUUGCAUUCUGUCCCUCUGGUUUGUGUACCAAAAUACAAUGAUGUCUAACAGGUAUUCAUUUUUAAUGCCUGUAGGUAGCUUGUUAUUGCUGGUGUGUCAAAAUAUUAAAAUGUAAGUGUUCAUCACAUGGCAUACUACUGUUAGCUGGCAUUAAUACAAGUUAGCAGUAAAUUACUUCAAAUAGUACUGAACUAUUCUUAACUGAAUGGUACUGAGCAAUUGCUGAUCUCAAUUAGUGAUUAAAAUGUUUUUUUAAUUUUC